GAUCGCCACACCAUACCUCCCCGCUCCCAUAUACUUCCGCUCCUUCUCUCCAUCCACUCUUCCCUACCUGCGAUCCUCUCUCCCACGCCUUCGAGCCACCUGCACCUUGCCACUGCCACCGGCCACCCGAGCCAAACAGCCACCAUGGCCACGCUCCCCCGGCGCCUUCUCCACCUGGCGCUGGUGCUGGCCCUGACCCUGAUGGCUGCCGCAGCCCGGGAGGAUCCCCCCCCUGCGGUGUCUACCCCCCCGCAUAUUGACCACAUUCAGCCCUCCUCCUCGCCGAAGAUGGUUCAGACGCUGAUGUGGAUCCGGGGCAACAACCUCGGCCUGUCGCCGGAUGACGUUCUGGAUGUCACCUUUGGUGGGGUGAGUUGCCGGGACACGCUGGUCUACACGGACUCUCUCCAGAUCGCCUGUGUUGUGGACUAUCGCAAAGUAUACAAGCAGCGGCCCGCGAAGGACCAGGCGGCUGUCGCCGGGGAUGUGGCCCUGCCGAUCGUCGUCACCACUGCCACGGGGGGCUCCUCCGUGGUCAACCCUCUAUUUACUUUUCAAGAUGACUGCCUCGUCUACUCAUCUUUGACCAAGUGCAAUGAUGCUCAUCGGGUUGUGGGCGCCAGUUGCAAAUGGUGUCACCAGGCAUCACGCUGCCUGCCGUUGGAUCAGUCAUGUCCCUUCCCCUGCAGUCCAAACGGCCUGCGCAUCACCUGCUACGAGCUCGGCUCGAUUACCAUCCUGAGUGUCAUCAUCUUCUCCAUCUGCGUCGCGACGCUGGCCUUCGCGAUCAAGGAAAGCCAGUAUCUUGCUGAGAAGAAGCGCCGUCGGGCGUUGGCCCGGAAGAAGGGCGCCCACACCCACGGUGGUGCACCUGCCCACGGCACGGCAGCCUCGGCGGCCGGCUGGACCAUCAACGGAAUAUGGCGCCGCGGGCCGACACAGGCAUCGGCGGCAACCAUUGCCCCUGACAGUCCCCUCGCCCAUGGGCAGGAUGGCGGUCGGCCGUCCGCCGGGGGUGACCCCCGCGCGGGUGGCGUCUCGCCGGACAUCGAGAAUGAGGACGCCAUCUUCGCCGGGAUCGGGGCCCCCUCACUCACGAGCAGCCACUACCACCACCGGUCAGCUCCGCGAGAUGUGUCCUCCUCGGCGCAUGGCGGUGGCCCGGGCACGGUGGCAACGCCGGUGGCAACCGGCAAUCGGCACACUUCCACCAUCGGCCCCUUCCCGGCAUCGGUCAAUGGGAUCCGCUCCUUCACCAAUCUCCCCGGCAUCCCGGCGGCGACAGGAUCAGCCCUGGACGACGGGGACGACUCGGACGAUGGCGAGAUCACGAGCUUUAAUUUUCUCGGCUCGUGAGUCGCGAAUAGAGUGUGAUCAUUUUCA